AAAGGCUCCGCUGCGGUCCACGUUUCAGCCUUGACUUGAAGAGCGCUCUCAGCUGCAGUGCCAGCCAAUUGAAUUGAUCGCACGAUCAUUGCCAGCACCGGAUUUCUUAGUUAUCAGCAGAUAUGGACAAAUAUCUUCCCAUGCAAGAGGAGUCUCAUCAUAACCGAAAAGAGGCGAAGGCUUUGAUGCGCUGUUGUGACUUGGUCCUCUCACGGCGGAAUUGGAAACGUUGUUGGACCGGACGCUGAAGCUAUUGCGGAGUGUGGAACUGCUGCUAGAUGGAGCAACUAUCAUCGUGCGUUGUAUUUCGUGUCUCUCUCAUUCAUAUUAAACAUGACAGGCUAACUUCUCUGUCUUGCAUGUACUGCCCUGCUUACAACGCCGUUGAAUCAACCCGGCCUCCUCAUUGCUCGGCUCUGUCGCUGCCGGAAGAAGCACGGCUUGGAAUAUUGCCCGGUGAGACGCACAGCCGCGCUUCCUCAGCCCGGCUCGAACGCCUCACACGCAAUGUUGGAUAUAAAGCUGCACCGGUCGAAGAUCGUUCCUCAACAGGCUGGCCCUCUCACAUCUACCCCACUCUAGUGCAGGUCACUCAACUCCCACAUUCUGACAUCCUUUACUUCUCCUAACGAUUCCUACAUUCGCAACCGCCACAUCUACUAUACAACGAUGCGUUUCGCCCGCGCGGCCAUCAUCCUCUCCCUCAGCGCUACCGCUGUUCUUGCUGCUCCUCUCACGCAGACACCCCCCCACAAGAAGAACAAUACCUCUGCUACCCCCCAGCAAGCUGCAGAUAAACCGCCUGUCAUCAACGCUAAUGCGCGCAGUAUGGCAGGGAAACAGCCGCCGCCCGUGCACAUCAAGUCGGGCAUGUUCGAGGGGUCGAUCAAGCGGAUGUCGGCCACCAAGAAGUUGGGCAAUUCCCACUCGUCGGCCCAGGCCCAGGGGCCGGCCACCUCGUCCAAGAAGUUGGACAAGUUCGAGUACUCAACCCGUCCUCAAACGCUAACUAAGGGCAAGCUGGUUGCGACCAAGUCCUUCCUUGCUAUCGUUGCCGGUCGGAAGACCAAGACAUCAGUCAAGCCCGGUGCAAAGGGUGCGACCGUGAAGGCUAGAAAGACCACCAUGAACGCAGGAAGCAGGAGCCGGCUAAUCCCUGUCCAGAGGCAAGCUCGCAUGCAACCAUUGCGUCAGCUGCAAAAAUUGCGUAAGCAGCGCGCGGUUGCCGUAUACCGACACGGCCAGCAGAGGGUGCAGCAGGGGGUGCAGCACGGGUUGCAGCACAGCCAGAAUCCGGUGCAGUACGGCCAGUACGGCCAGCACGCGGCCGGCCAGUACCAGUACGGGCCCGCACAGCGCCAGCACGCGGCCGCCCCGUACCAGCCGUACCAGCCGGCCCAGCAGCCGCCCCCCCGGUACUCUGCGGGGCCGCCCCCCCGGUACUCUGCGGGGCCGCCCCCCCUGUACCAGCCGCCCCCCCCGUACCAACCGGCCACCCCGUACCAGCAAGGCCAGCAGUUCGUUGUGCGGGAUGGGGAGGAUGAUGAUAUGUACUGGGCUAGGAACUACUCCGAGAACCUGGAGGAGCUUGAUUGAGCGUGAUCUGGUUGUAAUCUUACGAGAGACAUUUUCCAGAUAUGCUGUGCAACUUGUAUCAAAUAAU